AAGAUUCCUUUCUGUGGUACGUCACUAGAUCCACGCAGCCGCAGUGUAUAAAUUUAGUGACAUUUAAGCGUUUAACUUAGUUACCGGCGGAAUAUUAUUAAUGCUCACUUGGCUGCAGUUUGAUUGAUUAAUGGCGUGUCCUGUAAAUCACACAGUGGAGUUGAACCCAGUCCUCCUCCCUCUAGACUGGCUUCUGGGUACCUGGGAGUCAGAUGAACCUGGGGAGGGCUGUUUUCCUACCAUAAAACCUUUCCACUACUCAGAGACACUGACCUUCAGCCAUGUGGGACAACCAGUCAUCAACUUUAUGUUCAAUGCCUUCCACGCAGAGACCAAGAAGCCGAUGCACAGGGAGUGUGGCUUCAUUCGAAUGCAGCCGGGAACCAACAGAGUGGCAUUCAUCAUCGCACAGAACUCAGGUCUGGUGGAGAUUGAGGAGGGAGAGCUGACAGGGCAACAACUGAACCUGCAGAGCCAGGCUGUGGCCAGAAUCUCUUUCGCCAGGGAGCCGCAUGUACAGCAGAUUUCAAGAGUGUUUCAGCUGCGACCAGAUGGGAGGCUGGAGCAGACAGUUUCCAUGGCAACAGACAGCCAGGCACUGAUGCAGCACUUGCACAUCACCUACCGUCGUUUAUCUUGACCCAGCAGGCUGGCAUUCUUCUUGUACAUAAAAACAUCUCAGUCAGGAAUGGAAAACGUCGCUUUAAGAAGCUCGAUCAAUAAUCACAGAUGAGUCAGAUUAUGUAAACAAAUGUACAGCUAUGCACUGGUGGGAUCUUAUAAUGGUAAAGGAGUGAUGGUGCCAUAUCAGAGUACCUGUUAAAAUAAUUUAAAUCAGCUUAAACGUGGGUUAUAAUACAAUAGGCUGCAUGCAGUAAUAAUGGGGCAUUGCCUAAUCUAAAAAAACCUUAAAGGGUCCCUGUGGAGUUUUCUUAUAAACAAACAAGUUAGCGUUACUCACCAAAAACGCAUUGUUUAUCCCUGAGGUCUAACAGACAUGUGGAGUUCAUGCCCUCCCUCAUAGAAGAUUUAACAGAAUUUUAAAUCCUGCAUUAUUACAUACUUUACUAGUAUAUAGUCUGCCUUCCUGAUUUUGUUGGCACAUUAGCAGGAAUGUGCACUGCGUCACCUGAGAUAAAUAAAACAGGACCCACUCGGAGAGAAACAGAAAGAGGCAAAAACUCCACAGGGAACCUUUUAAUCGGAAAGAAUAAAGACUUCAUAUUCAUAUAAUGCAUUUCCAUUACGUUGUUACACUUAAUGGCCUCAGUUGAGUAUGGGUGCUUGCGUUAUCUUAAUAUUUAUUGUCCAGAUAUUUAAUCUUGUAGCUGCAAGAGCUCAUAAAGCACUGAUUAAAUAAUGUUAAGCACACUGUCCUUAUCUUUAACUUUCAUUGCACUAUUAUAUUAAGAUUAAAAGCUAAAGUAAGGAGUCAAUACACUGUUUGAGUGUUUUUUGAUUGUAAAAUUAAGUCACUGAGAGUUGUUCUUAUAUUGGGUGUUACUGUGAUCAUGUCCACGUUUGGUUUGUGUCUUUCAGUCGACAGGUUCAGUGGUAUACGGGUAGAUGACGAUUAAAAUAAAGUUAUUUCAUCUAUA